GGAAAUAAUUUUUUGGUUAAAUACUUAAAAAGAUUGGAUAUUAUUGAUAUUGGAUCCGAAGCGAACGGUAAGGAAAACUCAGAAAGUUUGGGGACAGAAAACAGGCAAUUAACUUAUAGUUUUUGGGCAGUGGGAGCCAAUCCUGACCCCGCCAAAGCCAAAGGAGCGGCCGAAACUUACGCGAACACCAAUGACCCCGAUUAUGAAGUAAAUAUUUCCGAAGAAUCUGACCCAGAACCAAUCGACCCGGACCGACAAGCGGCCAAAAAUUUUUUAAAUAAGCACGUUGCUAACCUUCAUCCUCUUACUCAACUUGUUUAUGCAGUCUACGACAUUUUUUUACGUUUAGGUUACCAAAUUGUCGAAGGUCCUGAAAUUGAGACCGAAGAGAAUAAUUUUACUUCGUUAAACAUGCCGCCUGGCCAUCCUGCCCGGGCCAUGCAGGAUACUUUUUAUUUACCUAAUAAUUUGCUUUUACGAACCCAGACUACUGCUAUUCAACCCCGAAUAAUGCAACAAAAUCCCAAUACCGAAAUGAAAAUUAUUUCAGUUGGCAAAGUUUAUCGACGGGAUGAAGAUGAUGCCACACAUACUCAUCAAUUUACCCAAGUCGAUGGCUUUGCCGUGGCAAAAAAUAUUUCUUUUAGCCAUUUAAAAGGAACGCUAGAAUUGGUAGUCAAAGAAUUAUUAGGAAAGGAACAAAAAAUUCGUCUUCGUCCUUCUUAUUUUCCUUUCACCGAGCCGAGCGUAGAGGUAGACGCAAUUUGCGUUCAAUGUCGCGGUCAAGGUUGUAAUAUUUGUAAGAAAACGGGUUGGGUGGAAAUUGCUGGAGCCGGCUUAAUUCACCCCCAAGUUUUAAAAAAUUGUGGUUUUAAGAAUCCGAAAUUUACCGGCUUGGCUUUUGCUUUUGGUUUGGAGCGACUACUAAUGAUUAAGUAUGGGAUUGGGGAUAUUCGGAACUUCUACUUAAACGAUUAUGGCUUAACUCAACAUAUUACUAUGCUUACAUUUGCCACCUAUCAACCUCCUGGUCUGGAAG